AUGAGUGUGUACUUGAAGCGCAAAUUCUUCAAAAAGCAUAGAGGCUCGUCGAGCUACUUUUCGGACUUUUCCUUUGAUAGUUAUAAAAAAGGGAACAACUCAAGUGAAAAUAUAAAUUGCCUAAGUGACAGUGAGCACAUAUUAUGUGUAAGACGUCCCGGCAGGAGGAGAAUAAGGCAUAUCGCUGCUCCCUUUGAGAUGGUAGAAAGAGAAGACGGAUAUAAUUUUCUGAACGGGUCAGGUAAAACAAAGGCAUGUGUUUACGGAAAAUCCCAAAAGAGAAAGAAAAAAAAAAGAAAAAAAAAAGUACGAAACGAAGCAAAACGAAGGGAAUACAAUUGGGGAAAUAAUUUAUUUAACAAAAGAUACAUGAAGGGGAAAAUCUUUACUAUAUUCAGUUACGACUAUAUAGAAGUGCUCAAAAGAGUUCGGAUAAUGAAAAGGAAUAACAUGAUUAACAGUGAUAGGGUUAGAAGCGAGGAAAAAGUUUUGAACAGGCAAGGAAGUAGGACGAAGAAGAGAAAACGAAAUAGUGCACAAUGUAACAAUAUGGAUAGUGUGGUCAGUGUGGUCAAUCUGGACAAUCAGGACGAUGUGCACAUCGAGGAGAAGGAGAAACUUGAUAUAUGGAGAAAAAUUGAAGCCGAGGAAAUAUCAUUGUGCAGUCCUUUACUAAUGAAUGUACAAAGUGAGUAUACAUUGUGUUCAAAAAAAUAUAAAAAGAUAAGCAUUGUUUAUGUAAAGGAAUAUAGUGAAAGAAAAAAUAAAUAUAUAUUAAAGAGAAAAAUUAAAAAGAUCUAUAAAUGCCCCAAAGAAACUGUAUUUAACCCAUUCUUCAAUAGUUAUAUACGUUUUGAAAAUGUAAUAAAGCUAGAAAAAGAAUUAACACAACAUUUAGUUCAUCAAAAUAUAAUUAGUUUAGAAUCAUAUUACUACUAUGAAAACCAAAUUGUUACUUUAUACAAGUUCGGAGGUGUUUCACUUAUGAAAUGGAAUAAACAAAAGAGAGUUUUCCAGCUCGAAGAUAUGCUUAUAAAGACAUGUGUAAUAAAUACAAGGAACAGAAAGGAGCUUGGAUUUGUUAGAAACGAUAUUUUGACUUCAAUGCACACCGAUUGUUUUAAUACCACCGAGGGAAAUGAGGAGAGGAAAGAAGAGUGGAAUGAAGAGGAGAAAGAUGAGUGGAGUGAAGAAAAGAAAAACGAGUGGAAGGAGGAGAAGAAAGACGAGUGGAAGGAGGAGAAGAAAGACGAGUGGAAGGAGGAGAAGAACGACGAGUACAAAAACGAUAGAAAAUAUCUCCCCUCCGUUAACUGUGAAGAAGAGUGUACAGGUAACACUGCGAAUACCCCUAAAGUUAAGGGUGUUAAUUUGCAUAGUAACAAAACUUACUAUUUAGAUAGGGGCGUAAAGGAAGUAGUAGCGGAUGAAGGGACAGACACAGAGGAUAAGCUAGAAGGUUUGAAUAAAUGGCGUGAUGAAUGGCCGAUUGUACGGAGGGAUAAGCGGCGCAAAAAAGGGAAGCGUAUGCAUGUGUACCCAGAGUACCUGAUAGCCGAAAUUUUAAGGCAGUUACUAAAGGUAUGUCUUUUUCUAUACGAACAUAGGAUAUACCAUAGUGAUAUCAAACCAUCUAACAUUGUAGUUAAAAAUGUAAAGAAGGAGAACUUGAAUACAAUUUGUUAUAGUAAUAAAAAGAAUAAGUGGAGUAUAAAAAAAUUUGGAAAAAUUAUGAACAGAAAUUUUCUUAUCAAAUUAAUUGAUUUUGAAUAUUCCCAAAAAGUGUAUAAUGAGAAAGCAAAUAUAGGAGGGACUACUUCACUUUUCAAACCAUUAGAAGAUUUUAAAAAAAAUAAAAUAAAUGUGUGUUCUAAGUUGGUAUGGAUUAUCGGAAUAACACUUUUUAUCUUAUCAACAGGUACACAUCCUUUUUGUAAUGUCAAUAACGAUGUGCAUAUUUUUUUUAUAAUUAAAAGUAAAAAAUUUAAUAUACGUAAACGGUUCAAACGGUAUAGCUAUUUCUCUGACUCGUUUAAAGAUUUACUUGAAAGAAUGUUAAGGGUACAGGUUAAUAAAAGGAUAUCAUUCUUUGAUAUAUUCAUUCACCCAUUUGUGUUAUUUGGUUAG